UUGAGUUUAUUUUCCUUCUGUCUUCAGAUUGAAUCCAUUCAAGAUGGAGGUUCCAACGCUGAAGCUCACCGACAAUAUCCUUUGUCAACGUGUGAACACGUUCUUAUCGGGUUUCAUUCUGGACGAUCAACGAUCGGACCAAGUGCGCCAGAUCUUCGAAUCGGAAUUAGACGCGGGCAUGAAAGAUGGUUUGGAGGGCUCGUCACUUCAAAUGGAAAACACUUAUGUACCAGAUCUGAUCAACGGCACCGAGGAAGGCCAAUUCUUGUCCCUGGACUUGGGUGGCACGAAUUUUAGAGUGAUCUUGUUAGAGCUUAAAGCAGGGAAAAUUGUUCGCGAAGAAGUCCGAUACUAUCAAGUACCAGAGGAGAAACGUUUAGGCCAGGGGGAAGAUCUUUUUGACUUCCUAGGCAUUUGUAUUUACGACUUCACCGACAAGCUGGGUUUGAGUCAAUCUUGUCAAUCUUUGGCCCUAGGGUUUACCUUUUCCUUCCCCAUGACCCAAACCGCUAUGAAUCAGGGUGUUCUUGUAUCUUGGACCAAAUCUUUCAAUUGCCCAGGAGUGGUCGGCAAGGAUGUAGUGGAUUUAUUGAAUCACUCCUUGGCCAAAGUGAAACCAGACAGCCAGAAGAAUCUCUCCAUUGAGGUCAUUGCCAUCCUCAAUGACACCACAGGAACUCUGGUCAAGGGAGCCUACGAUCGACCAAACACCUGUAUUGGGCUCAUUCUCGGUACGGGAUGUAAUGGAGCCUACUUUGAGCGGUCCGAAAAUGUCAUUCGUUGGCACGGGGGCAAAUACGAUUGCAAGAAUGUCAUCAUCGAUCCAGAAUUUGGUGCAUUUGGGGAUAAUGGUUGCCUUGAUUUCAUCAAGACAAAAUUUGACGAAGCUAUCGACAGUGCCUCUCUUCUUCCUCAAAGCUUCACUUACGAGAAAUACUUUGCUGGAAAGUAUAUUGGUGAGCUAGCUCGCAUCGUUAUGGUGGACAUGAACAAAGAGAGGCUUUUGUUUCCUUGCCAAGACGUCGAGGGGCUUUUGAUUCAGGACGGAUUUCCUUCCACGAUGUUGACCGAGGUGGUAGAGGAUAACUUGAACCAAUCAGUGGAGAGAACAAUCACUGUCUUGAAGAAGUUCUCUGCCAAUUGCUCCCCAGAUGAUGCACUGAUUGUCCAACACAUUUGUCUGGUCCUCUCGGAGAGAGCCGCCUUACUUGUGGGUAUUCCCAUGGCCGUGUUCUUGCGACGAAUGAAAACCCAAGAGGGUCUCAUUGCGGUAACAGGAUCUCUUUAUAAAUGCCAUCCCAACUUGAAAGCUCGCAUGGAAUUCUUUACUCGUAAAUAUUACCCGGAAUGGAAAGGAGAAUCAUUUUUGAGUGACGAUGGAAGUGGCAAAGGCGCGGGUCUCAUUGCUGCCAUUGCCAAGAGACUUGAAUUAUGAAUAUGAUAAAAAAGUUAAAGAGCAUCCGACAUGAUACCCUUCUUUUCAGGUUUGUUUUGCCACAUUGUGAGAUUGAUCAAAACUUCUAAGUACAGGAAUAUACUAUUUUUAUCUUCCCAUGAA